AUCACAAACUAUUGAUACUUGAUAGUGAUGAAACGUAUAAAUAAUAAUGAUGUAUUAAAAACUAUUGCUAAUAAUCGUAGGCUUUUAUUGUGAUUUACAUACUCGAAUAAAGUUUUUGUAUGUUAUAAUUUGAGACACAAUUUGCAAACAUGUUUAAUUCAUUCUUUCGUGGACUUCUCGGCAUUGAGGAGCUGCCGACUAAAGUCCUAGAAGUGCGGUCAGACAACUAUAUUUCUAGGCCGAUAUGUUACAGGGAAGAUUCUAUGUUACUAUAUGGACCAAAAAUACCUCCUGAUAGCAAAAACCCUAAAGAUAAACUUUAUGAAAUUGUUCUACAUAAACCUUUUACUGAAAGCCUACAUCAAAUGUUCAGUUUAUUUCGAUCAGAAAGUCAAGAAAGUGCAGAAGAUAAGUUCAUAGUUUUUAAAGAAAAAAUUCCACUUUUUAUAAAAAUCACAAAAGAGUGUUCAGUUCAGUCCUUACAGAAGAUAUGCGACACGUUAUCAGAAAAUCGAUCAUGGACAAUUGCACAUUUGGUGGCUCACUUUGGCCUCUGCGAAUUGUUCAACGAACCCGAUGUCCAGAGGCAUUUCGAUGAUGCGGAUCCAACGACUGGAGCCACUCCAUUAAUGGUAUCAGUGAAAACAGGCAAUGUUCGCAUGGUGCAGACUCUCCUUUCUUUGAACUGCUCUUUAAACGCAAUCGAUCUGGAGGGGAACAGCGUUUUCCAUUAUGCCGCAGCUAGUAAUAAGGAAAUUAUUAAUGUAAGUAUUCCAUAUAAUAUAUAAGUAUAAUUUAUUAUCAAUAAUCUCAUAUAUUCUUCACAAUCCUUGUCCCCCAGGUUAUCUGAAAAAGCGUUUUUCAUACUUAAGCUUAUCCUGUUCGAUUGCCAACAAAACUCUAACUAUGUCGAUGCAUAAAUAUGCACACUACUCGAAUUCCUUUACAGUAUAAUAAAUUACACUUUGAAAUAAUCUUCCACAACAUUUAAAAGAUGCUCCCUCUUUAGGCCAAAUAUUAACCUUUGAAACUUGAAUUCACGACGCGCGCGCGGCGCGUUCAUUCGACGGUACCAGUCACCGCCUGGUACCCCUGCUCCCGUCCGCAUUCCAUUCGAGGGCGCGCCCGCCAUGUUAGUAUGAAAAAUAAUUGUUGCGCGACGGACGGUAUUGUAAAGGUCUAGAAAAGAUUUUGUCGCGCGUCGGCCGGUUAAUUGCUUUUGGAAGUUAAUAUUGAAUUGUAAGUUGUAACGUCGCGUUAAGUGCCUUUUUUGUGUGUUGUCUAUUUUCGUUCGUUUUACGUGUCAACGAGGCUGAUUUUUGAGUUUUGAUUGCUUGUGUGGCAUUUUAAUAUGGUACGAAGAAAUUUUUGAUUUGUCGGGAGAACGCUGAACUUUGUGACUCGAGAAGAGACCGCGUUCGUUCUCGUGAUUAUAAUUUGUUGCUAAGUGAACAUGGAACGUUGAACUUUUUUUUUUCGAUCGACUGUUCUUUACUUGUGUCGUGUGUCACUUGUUCUAAUUUCGAUGAACGUUGAUUUGGUUGACUUUGAAGUUAAUUAAAUGUACAAUAAAGUUGAUAAACUAAUAUAGUGAAAAUAAUAGCAGAAGUUUUCAAUUGGUGAUCGACCACUUGAGGGAUCGCACAUUUGGAUAAAAACAGCGCCUGUGGAUCUGCGAUCCGACUACAUCGGUUAUGUCAGGUUACAUUUAAACCACUACUACACAUUACUUACAUACACCUCACUUAUCACCUGACUGGUACCCUGUGGUCAACCCUACCUCCAGAACUCGGUAAGUUGUGCUUGCUUAUUUGCCAUUAACUUAGAAUUAUCCAUAGGCGAUUGAGCCCCUCCCUUGGUUGCCCGUCGCGACUACCACUCAUGGGCCCUGGUACGGUCGACCUUUGUCGGGGCAACUAGGGGCGUGAACACUCCCUCAAUAAAUAUAUUUAAAUGUAAGCUUGAGGCACAUUAUUUAAUACUACUUGAUUGUAUGUAUUUUAUUGGUAUAAUAUGUAGGUAUUUUCAUUUAUAUGUAUAUAUUUGUAUAAGUAUAUGUUUAUAUGUAUGUAUAAGUGUAUCUGUGUAUAAACUAACAUAUUUAUAUUAUGUUUUGAAUAAUAUGUGUAAAAAAGUUAGGUUUUUCUCUUGCGACUCUACCCAUAGCUAUCACCACACUACCAAAGGUUAGCUGGCAGAGAAUUCCUUUUCGGCAUUAAGUUUGCCUUUGUACAUACCGAAUUUUUUUAUUUGGUGCAAUAAAGAAUUUUCUAUCUAUCUAUAUUCAAUAUAAUAUAUAUCUUCAUCACCACUUACCCCCUGGUGGAAUUUUUGUUGUAAUAUAGGUAAUGCCCUGGCUUAUAAUAAUUAAAAAUAUGUGCGAUUUGUCUGAUAAUAAAAAGUUUUAAUUAUCA